UUGACCUUGCAGGUUACUGAACCAAUGAAUACCUCUGAGCCAGAUUCCAGCUUCCCUUUUGUAAGAGAAUUUAUACUCCUAGAUUUUUCUUGUGAGUGGAAAAUUCAGAUCCUCCUCUUCUCACUCUUCCUUACAACAUAUGCUCUGACCAUAACAGGGAAUGGGUCUAUUGUUUGUGCAUUAUGGUGUGACCAGCGACUCCACAUCCCCAUGUACAUAUUCCUGGGUAAUUUCUCCUUUCUAGAGAUCUGGUAUGUCUCUUCUACAGUCCCCAAGAUGUUGGUCAACUUCCUCUCAGAUAAAAAGACCAUCUCCUUUGUUGGAUGUUUCUUCCAAUUUUAUUUCUUUUUUUCUUUGGGAACAACUGAAUGCUUACUUUUGGCCACCAUGGCCUUUGAUCGGUACCUUGCUAUCUGCCACCCCUUGCACUACCCUAAUAUCAUGACUGGGCAUCUCUGUACCAAACUGGUCAUUAUCUGCUGGGUUUGUGGAUUUCUGUGGUUCCUGAUCCCCAUUAUUCUCAUCUCUCAGAUGCCCUUCUGUGGUCCAAACAUCAUUGACCAUGUUGUGUGUGACCCAGGGCCACUAUUUGCUUUGGCCUGUGUCUCUGCUCCAAAAACCCAACUGCUUUGCUACACUCUAAGCUCAUUAGUUAUCUUUGGUAACUUCCUCUUCAUCCUUGGGUCCUAUACUCUUGUCCUGUUAGCAGUGUUGCGAAUGCCUUCAGCCAAUGGGAGACGGAAGGCCUUCUCUACCUGUGGGUCCCAUUUGGCUGUGGUAUCCCUCUUCUAUGGCUCUCUGAUGGUGAUGUAUGUGAGCCCAGGACUUGGACAUUCUGCUGGGAUGCAGAAAGUUGCAACUUUGUUCUAUGCUAUGGUGACCCCACUCUUCAACCCCCUCAUCUAUAGCCUACGGAAUAAGGAGAUAAAGGCAGCCUUGAGGAAAGUUCUGGGGAGUUUCAACACAAUCUAAGACAUACUAGAUGAUCCCUCCAUUAUCAGGUCAGUAUAGUCCAACCAAAAGCAACCAGAAUUAUAUUAUCAUCCAAAUCUUCAGAUGUGGAUUUAAUGAUAUUAACUUCUAUCAGCCUACAAAAUUAAGGCUCUAUGGGGCCACU